UGGAUGAGAAAGGUUGUGAUGGGUAAAUGGGGAGGGCAAGAUUCUCAACGCCACCCCUCUUCCAAUCAAAGCUCCUCUGUUUCUCUCUCAUCUACCUCUUCUCCUCUCUCUUCUUGGCCCUCCAUUUCACUUUCUCCACCUCCAAAUGCAUUUUCAGAUCAUCCCCCUUCGACCCUCUUCAGCCCCCUCUCUUCUCUUAUCCUUCCACUUAUGGAGAACACAAGCACGCCAUUCCCACCACCCGUUCCUCCUGCGAUUCCCCUGUUUUCUUCUCAGAUUACUGGGAUGUCGUCAAGGAAAUGCAUCGACUACUGGAGAAUUCCACGAGUUUGGGGGCACGGUCUCUGAGGUAUAUGCAGGGGAAUGCUGACAGUUUUGGUGGGAAUUUGAGCUUUCACAAGAGGAUUUCUUAUUUUGAUCAUCCCCAGAAUGAACCUGAAAAUGAAAUCCCAUGUGGAUUCUUCCGAGACUUUCCGAUCACUAGCUCUGAUCAAAUUUCCAUGGAAAAGUGCGACGGGAUUGUUGUAGCCUCAGCUAUAUUCAAUGAUCACGACAAAAUCCGGCAGCCAAGGGGCCUAGGAUCCCAAACCCUGGACUACGUAUGUUUCUUCAUGUUUGUAGAUGAUGUUACUCUCAAGACAUUACAUUUCCACAAAAUGACUUCAAGAGAAUCCGAGGAACACAAGAUUGGUGCAUGGAGGGUUGUUAAGGUCUCGAGCGAGCACUUAUACGAGAACGCUGCAAUGAAUGGAGUGAUACCUAAAUAUUUAGUGCACCGUCUUUUUCCAAACUCGAAAUACAGCAUGUGGAUAGACGCAAAGCUGCAGCUGGUGAUCGAUCCGCUUCUUUUGAUCCAUUCACUACUCGUGAAGGAGAACAUGGACAUGGCUAUAUCUAGACACCCGUAUUUCCUUCAUACAAUGGAAGAGGCAAUGGCAACUGGUAGAUGGAAGAAAUGGCGGGAUGUUAAUGGACUAAAGGUGCAAAUGGAGACGUACUGCGACAACGGCUUGGAACCAUGGAGUUCAAACAAGCCUUAUCCCACAGAUGUUCCAGAUAGUGCUCUAAUCCUGAGGAAGCACAGUGCAGCCAGCAAUCACUUCUCCUGUCUUAUGUUCAAUGAAUUGGAAGCAUUCAACCCAAGAGAUCAACUGCCCUUUGCAUAUGUGAGGGACAACAUGAACCCAAAGCUGAACAUCAACAUGUUUGUGGUUGAAGUGUUUGAACAGGUGGCAGUUGAGUAUAGACACAACCUUAAGCAGGGUGGGGCCAGCGUGGGACCCAAAGUCAACAUGGUGACCUCUGAUUGGUUAGCUAAUGGGAGGAGUAGUAAAUGUGAAGGGUAUCUUCUAAAGAUGUGGGGGGAAUCCCACGGGUGAUUUUUGUCUGUCCUCCUUUAAUUAACUCAUAGUAUCAAUUUGCUGUUCCACAGAAUGAAAGAUAACUAACCAAACGACCCCUCACAGGAAAAGCUGACAAUAGCUGAACGAGUUGGCAGUGAGUGUUUUUGUUUGGUAGGCAUGGCCAAUCAUAUCGCUCAGCUGGUCUGUUUGGAUUUCAAGAUUCAUUUUUUCUUUUCUUUGACACUGUUUUUAAUGGCCAAAAAUUUUAUAUAA